AUGCCGCGCAACAAACACCAACUGACCAUCGACACGGCCUAUGCCAACAUGCCAUACGUCUUUACUCAUGCAUCAAACCAAAAAUCCGCCAGCAGUAAAGAGACUCCUUCACCAGACGAUCAAACUUUCCUCCUCAGUCCCACUUCAUCAGAAGGAAACUUCUACUUGGAAUCCCCAGUGCUUCCACAAUCCCGCAGAGAGAACCCCUUUGCGACCCCCAACAUCUCGGAUAUCUCGACAGGAUGCGGUUCAUUCCAAACAUUCCAAACCUUGGCAGAUGAACUGCUGAUUUCCCAGCCAAAUACUGCUUCACACAUGGUAGACAUUCUGCCAGAUAGCGCGAGUCUGUACGCCGAAGAAGAGUUUCAUGAAUGGGAUUGGCAAAACGUGCAGCCGGAUGCACAGCAGCCGUGCGGAAUCGAAGUGAACGUAUCUAUGGACCCAGAGGUCCAGGGACCUUUGCCCAUCAUUCACGACGAAGACUUUCCCCCAGGGCUGCCCGCCGAAGAAUACCAGUACCUGCGAAAGCAGCAGCAAAGACAGCAUCUCGAGUCUCAAUUACGCAGUCGAAGCAAUACAAGCCCGUAUUUUACGCACUCACCCACAUACUCGCAAACAGCCUUCCAACAAGCUGGGCUUGCCCACGCCCAGCGGGUCCACAUCUCCGAGGUGAGAAACGCGACGCGCAAAGCACUCGGCGCUAACUUUGACUUUGCAGAUGAAAAGGAUCGUGGGAAUGGCGGUGGUCGUACCGUGCAGCGGCGCCCAGCACAUACGAGUACUACCACUACGCCUCGGCCUCGCGAGCGCAUGCCGCAGCAUCACGUCGACGCGCUGAGUGCCCGAUGGAGCGAAGCCGAGAUGCAGGAGCAGUACGCACGCUCACGUGCGGCUCGGAUGCAGCAAAACAUGCACGGGGCCACCACGGCGUCAGUGUCGCGACGCCGAGACCACAGUCGCGCACACGAUGAUAGCACCAGCACAGCGCGGCGCCACGACAGCGGUGUCGUCGUGUCCAUGGACGCCGUAAACGAGUUUCCUGGUCGCUCUGCGGCGGGCGGUGCCAUGCCGCAACUUAAGAGUAAGUUUAGCUUUGAUAGCGACGACGACGACGACGACGACGGCCAUCAGGCCGAGACUAGUAGGGCUGACAGGGUCAAGAAACCGAAGCGCCGCUUCUGGCGCCAUCUCUGCUUGUGA